AUGUCAGAAGCCAUUGUAAAUUCAUAUUUGCACGCACCUGUUCCAAAUAAAGUAUCAUCUCAAUCACAGCCACAAUCACGAUCACGAUCACGAUCACAAUACAAAGAUACUUUGUCACACACCAACAAUAUAACUUACAUCGAUAAUCACAUAAAUAGUAUUUCUCAAAAGAGUACUGAUCCCAUACCAUAUGUAAAAUUUAUAUUUCCAGAUAUAAGAGCUAUUUACCAGUUAAAUAAAGCAAAUCCCUUUCACGGUAUUGUAUAUAAUGAAGUAACAAUUCAUGGAUUCGAACUGUACCUAGUGGAAAAUUGGGUCGCACAAAGAGGAUUAUCUUCCAUUAUUACAUCCUUUACUGGGAAUUCACAGGAUAUUAUUCAUGGUAUAGAGAUGGUUUUACCUGCAGAUUAUGAACAUUGGCCACCCGUUUUAAAAAAAUAUUACGAUGAACUUAUAACUUUCUCUCAACCAAAAUUUAACGAUAAAUUUCAAUGUAUCCUUUUUAUAACAAAUCUGUCUACUCUUCCUUUAUCUUUGCAUAUCUUGCACAUUGAAAAUGGUGAUUUAAGAUCUGUUUGGUCGACUUUUAAAAUUAAUUUCAAUUUAAAAUCAAUGAACUGCUUAGGUAGGUCUUCUAAUUUGCUAAUGGAACCUUCCAAUUCUUCUAUAGAGAAAUUUAACCAUCUAUUCAAAUUAUCAGCACCAAAUCCAUCAUCUAAAAUCAAUUCAGGCUAUUCAACUAAUAAUAAUCAUAAUAGUGCUUUGAAAAAUGGUUCUGGAAAUCCAGAAAACUGGAGUUAUUAUGCUAUCACAGAUAUUAUUCAAACGGUCCAAAUUGCACUGCAUUAUUUUAACAGCUAUAAUCAUGCUCAAGAUGGAUUGUUAUGUGAUUUCACAAAGGCAGCAAUUAAUAAUUGGUGGGUUGAUUAUGGAAAACUUUAUUUUGGUAUGGAAGGUCCUAGAAAUGAAACAGUUUUAAAUCCUACCACUUACGCCGCAAUCAUAUCUUUGACUUUUGCAAUAUAUUACAAGUUAAUUCUGGAAAAUUGUAUGAAUUCUAAACAUCCGUUCCAUAAUAUCGAUGAAUAUUUUUUGGCUAUCUCACUUUUCCAAAAGAAAAUUAACUAUUCAAGAAGAGAUGGGAAAGUAUAUUUAGAUCAUAUAACUUUAGAAAAAUUAUUUGAAGCUACAGCAAAAUAUAAUACUAAUAAAGACUUACUUCAUUUGAAAAGAAAAAUGAAAUCUAAAAUGCAAGACUUAACUGGAAAAUCAAAUACUGCAAGAUUAUCUCAUGAAAUUUUAACUACUGAUCUGGAUAAUUUAAUAUCAAAUUUGCAUGAUAGUGAUAAUGAUUUAACCUAUUUAUGGAAACCAUCCCAUAGUAACAAAUUUAUCUCUUUGUCGGCAAAUAUAAGAGAUUUUACACAAUAUAAUUUUCAUCAUGGAGAUACUGACAAAGAAUUAAAACUACGUACUCAAUUGUUGAACAAUUCCAAGAAGCCCUCCUUUACCGAACCUUUUAAAAGGCACAGAUCCCAUUUUAGUGUACACAAUUUCGUAGAAAGUAGGUAUGCAUCAGAUAUAACGAAUAGACCAACAUUAGAUAUGUCCCCUUCAUUUAUAAGUAUAUCUUCCAUGUUCCCUAUGUAUGAUAAUCCAAGUGACAACUUCGAUGGCCAAUAUAAUAAUGAAAAUUAUCAAGAAGAGUAUUUCAGGAGGAAUUCACUUCCCUUUAUUAACGAUGGUACCAGAGAUACUGAUGAAUACGCAUGCAAGAAUAUUUUCAUAUAUAGAUCAAAUUCACAAUCAAAUAUUGCAGAGUCUAUUGAAAGAUGGGAUUUGCCGUUUGAUCCGUCAAUAGUGAAAUUAGCAAGAGAUUUGAAACGGAUUGAUCUUAAAUUAUUGAGACAAGAACGAUCUGAAAAUGAAGAACAAAUUUGUUCUGAAGAUAAGAUCUGUGACAGUAAUUUAGCUAAAUUUGAUGCAUUGACCGAGGAUAUUCAAAAGGAAAUUGAUAAAUACAAAGAAAAUUCUGGGUAUUUCCAAACACAAUUUUUGGCUCUCAAAAAUAAACAAAAUCUGGCUUAUAAUGAUGUGUCUGAAAUAACAUCAUUGUCUGCUAAAUUGAAUUAUGAUAUGAGAAUUUUGGAAUUGAGAGUUAGAGAUGUGGAAGAUAGUAUUAAGCAGUUUGAUACCAAACUAUGUCAAGUGAAAAAGUCGUUAAUUGGCUUGGAUAAUGAUGACAAAGAAUUCUGUAAAGCUAUGUCAUGUAUUGAUGAUAAAUCCCAGUUUGAUAGUUGUAUAAAGAAAUUAGUACAAUUAGAAAAUAAGAGUACAUGUUAUAAGAGUGUAUGUUCGAGCAUACUAAAAAAGUGUUUUUUACUUGAUUUAAAGAAGGAUAUUAUGAGUUGGGUAGAUUAUUUUUUUGCACAUACAUAG